AUGAAGGAAAGUAGCAUUUUACCUUAUUAUCCUUGUUUUAUUUCACAACAUAAUCUCUACUACCCUCACCUAUUACCACCGCCACAACUACUGUCACCACCGCUAUCACCACCACCACCACCUACCACCGCGACCGCCACCACUUUCACCAACCGUCACUGCCACUGCCACCACUACUUACCGUUAUCGCCCUACCACCUACCACCGCCACCGCCACUAGUACCACCUAUCGCCAUCACCACCUAUACCUACUAUCACUACCACCUAUCGCCAUCGCCCCACCACCUACCACAUCCACCGCCAUCACCAUCUACCAUUGCCACCCACCACCUACCACCGUUACCACCACCACCACCACCUACUUAUCGUCACCGCCGUCACUAUCACCACCAUCUACCGCUACCACCACCAAUACCUACGAUCGCCUCCAACAUGAAAGCUUAA